AUUCACUUAUCCAGGACCGGGUCGCGGGGGCAGCAGGCUGAGCAGCAGCUGCAGCCCUUCUGGCUGAACAAUACCUGUCUGCUGCUUCCGGAGACCCCUCGGCCAGCCAAGCCUGAGAGGACUCCUUCUUCAGACUGACGGCUUCCCUCACUGCUGGUGUCCACCAGCUGGUUCCUGGGUUGCCGCCACGACAGCAACUGACGACCUUCAGACCAAAGCUCCUACCAGACGCGCCUACAAUUGAGGCUUUGAACAUGAGCCAUUCAGGCUCUACGUUCCCAACCACACCCGGGAUGCUGGAUUAAUUCUUCCAAAGGUGUGAGUUGAAGAUCCUGCAGACAGGGGCCUGAUGUUCCCAGUUCUCUGGUACCAAGAACACUUAUGAGCAACUCUAUAUUUGAACAUGGUGUUUGUUAUGGCCAAUCCGUAAGUAGCACAGAAGUCCAAUGACAAAACACUCAGGUUCAGAUCGGGCCGUUCCUCCCAAUCACCUCCUCCAGGUACCAUCAUCGUUACCCACGUGAGCGUUGAAGUCUCCCAGAAGAACUACAGAGUCCCCAGGUGGUUCCCCUUCCAGGACACCACCCAGAGACUCCAAGAAGGCCGGAUACUCUGACCUGCUGUUCGGUGCAUAGACACUAACAACAGUCAUAGACCUCGCAUUGAGGCGACCCUCUGGUUCCUCCGGGAGAACUCCAACACAGCGGCGCUCAGCCGGGGGCUUGUGAGUAUCCCCACACCCGCCCAGGACCUCUCACCUCGGGCAACUCUGGAAAAGGAUUUUUUUCCCCCCGAGCCUUUGCUAUUUGUGGAGGUGAGCCCAACGAUCUCUAGCUUGUAGUGCUCCACCUCCCUUACAAGCUCUGGAUCCUUCCCCGCCAGCAAGGUGACGUUCCACGUCCCCAGAGCUGCUGAAGCCGGGGGUCAGCACGCGCAGGUACCCACCUUUACCUGCCGCCCAGCUCACAUUGCGCCAGACCCUUCGGCUUCACUCUGCAGGUGAUGGGCCCGCAGGUUGUCAUCUGUAAUCGUGCUGUGAUACUCUCCCUUUCUCUCCACUGCAGUCUGCUUUAACAAAGAAACUCUGAUCAUUGUUAUUCUUAUUAAAAGCGAAAUUCUCAGGAAAGAACAUAGAUCCUCAUGUGUCAUAUUAUCAGAAAGUACUCCCAGAAUAAAAAGAGCUGGAUCAAUGUUAAAGUUGAUCCCCAAUAACUAAAAGUAUUUUAAUUUUGAUCAAGACCUUACAACCUGUAAUUGUGCAGGUCAUUUGCCUAUUGCUUCCUGCAAAUGCAAACGAUUGCUGCGUCUGAGCCGGCCAUGUAGUUUGAAUAGUACUUAGGGAUCGCACGCAGUCUGUCGAUUUCAACAGCAGCAGCAAGUCUGAAGGGUCACUCUCUCAUGAAGUGAGAGACAAAUCAAGAUGUUGGUGGUUUUUCUGCUCCUCAUGGCUGCACCAGGCAAGUCUUUCUUUUAUUUUAUAUUCACACUACAUUGAUGUAUCAUUGUGGCUGCAGAGCUCUUAUUACAACUCUUUUAUGAUGCCCUUCAGUUACAUUAUAAUUCACAUUAUAAGUCAGAAGCCAAAAAGGUUUAAAAUAUGAUGAUGUGUUGUGUUGUAUAAAUUAGUCCUGUUUCUUAACCCUCAAGGCCUUUUUAAAAUGACCUUACACUUUACACCUUAAGGUCUCGAAGCGGUCCCUCUCAUACAAGUGUCAUAAAAAUGUGGUAUAUGAAUAUAUUUUUUUCACUUUCACCGCAUCAAACCAUUAAGCAGCUUCAGACCUCACAAAGAUAUACAUUUUUUCUUCAAUUUUUAUGUUUUUAUGGCCUUAUUGUCAUAAGAACCCCUGAUUUUCUCAAGGGCAAAAACACAAAAUAUGCAGUAUUUUCAAAAAGAAGGUACAAAGUGAAAUAUUUGGGGUGAGGUGAUUACAGCCUUGACUAGGUCAAUAAUUGAUGACUCCUUUAUAUUAAUCCCAACACACCAAGAACAUUUUUACAGUGUUCAGCUUUUUCAUUGCCAUGCAUUUUGCAAGGUAAGAGAACCAUUGAAACUGUAUGUGAUUUAGCUCUGCAUGAGGAAUUUUGGAAUUUUUAAAAUUAUAAUAAAAAACAAACCCUGGCCAAGUUUCAUACAAUUAGCCUUUAAACUAUUGAGAUUCAAAAACAUAAAAUUAGCUGAAUGUACACGUUUGGUCCCUAAGGUGCCUCAAGGGUUAAAUGCAGAAUAAGUAAAAAGAACAAUCUUUCAGUGUGAAACGGUGUGCAGCUAUAUUAAAAUAUAUUAUAUUCUAUAUUAUAUCAGUGUUUUUCAAACUUUUCAUGCCCAAAGCACACCUUGACUCGUUCUUCUCUUGUUAUUGAGCAGUGGGUGCUGCUGGCGGCCCCUCUCUCAUCCUAAAGCACACACAGACCUGCAGCAGUCACUUCCAGCUGCAGUCAGCAGGACAUGUUAACUCCUCCGCGUCUAGUGUGCAAAUGAAUCACGCAUGUGCAAAGUCACUGCUGGCUGUCUUCCAGUCAGUGACUCUUUUAGGUCACCUUUGCCGGUCCCGAGGCCGGAUAAAGGAGGAGAGUUGGAAUUGUGACAGAAGGCAUGCAUUUGCAGUUCGAAACAUAUUUAGGAUGAUUUUUACUGAUUUUUCAUCUCUCCCACGACGUUAUUCCUCUUUGCUACAGCGUCUAUUACAAUUACACACAACGACACAUCUGAAUCCAUUCAAAUGUAAAGUUACAGCAUAACUGUGAUCAGUAUUCAUGUGUGUCUCUACAGGCCUGUGUGCUGGACGUCAGUACCAUUUAAUUUCUGACCCGAAGACUUUUACUGAAGCACAAAGUUACUGCAGAGAGAAAUACACAGACCUGGCCACUAUGGACAGCAUGGAGGAUGUGGAGACCCUGAACAGAAUGGCAGAAAACACCUGGAUCGGGCUUUAUGAUGACGUGAACAGCUGGAGGUGGUCACUGUCAGACACAAGUUUCUACAAACACGGAGAGGAGGAGUUCAGAGGAUGGCAGUCUGGAGAACCAAACAAUUACGGAGAUGAUGAACACUGCACACUGAUGUCUCCUGAUGGACUAUGGAACGAUCGCAGCUGCACAUCCACCUUCCAGGCGGUGUGCUGUGAUCUUUAUCCCACGUCACUGUCUCAGUCAACAGGGCUGCAAGAAAAGGAGUUGAUAUGCACACAGCUCCACGGUGACUUCAGCUUCAUGCUGACAUUCAUUAAGAAACAUCAAACUGAUGAGAAAAAUAUUCAGACGCAGAAAAAUUCAAAUAUAAAGUUUGCAUCUAUGUUGUGUGUUAUGUUGCCUCUGCACAGCUCUUCUCUGGAUCUAUUUUCAGGGCUGAAUGUGACUUUUGUCUUCAUUAACGACUCCAUGACCUGGACUGAGGCCCAGAGCUACUGCAGAGAACACCACACAGACCUGGCCAGUGUGAGAGACCUGACAGAGAACCAGAAGGUCCAGGAGCUGAUUCCAGCAUGGAAAGCAGUCUGGAUCGGCCUUUUCAGAGACUCCUGGAAGUGGUCCGAUGGAAGUAACUCCUCGUUCAGCCACUGGCAGCCAGGGGAACCUAAUAACAACGGGGGGGCGGAGGCUUGUGCAGCAGUUGUUUUCGGGUUCUCUGGAAGAUGGGUGGAUGUGCCCUGUGGCCGGAUGUAUCCAUUCAUCUGCUACGGUCCAGUCCCUUCAAAGCAAGUGUUCAGACUGAGGCUGAGGAGCUCUGUGGACCCCAACGACCCUGCUGUGAUGGAGGCAAUGCUGGAGCAGUUCAAACAGAAGCUGAAGGCCCAGGGGGUGAAUGACGACGUCACACUGAGCUUUAGGAAGCAAGCAGAUGGAAAAGCCUUCCACAAGGAGAAGAAGGAGACCAGAAAGCUGGUUCCUGGGUUGCCGCCUCGACAGCAACUGACGACCUUCAGACCAAAGCUCCUACCAGACGCGCCUACAAUUGAGGCUUUGAACAUGAGCCAUUCAGGCUCUACGUUCCCAACCACACCCGGGAUGCUGGAUAAAUUCUUCCAAAGGUGGGCUGAGAUGGUUCAAGUCAACUGGGGGGUCCCAUUCACCAGAGGCUUGUUCAUUCCUUACUCCCACAUUACUCACUGUUACUGGAGGGGUGGUGCAGGGCCGUUCAAAGAUUGUCGCUGGGAGCAGCCCAGUGUCUCUGUGGUGGGUGAUAGUGGACUGGUGCUGGCUGAUGUGGAGAGCAGUCUGGUGCAGCUGAUGAAUCUGGGUGCUGCCUGGACACUUGAACUGCCACCGUGUAAGUCACUGAAUGCUGCCUGCCUGGUAUUCAUGUGUGUCUCUACAGGCCUGUGUGCUGGACGUCAGUACCAUUUAAUUUCUGACCCGAAGACUUUUACUGAAGCACAAAGUUACUGCAGAGAGAAAUACACAGACCUGGCCACUAUAGACAGCAUGGAGGAUGUGGAGACCCUGAACAGAAUGGGAGAAACAGCAGGAGUUUCCUCUAACACCUGGAUCGGGCUGUAUGAUGACGUGAACAGCUGGAGGUGGUCACUGUCAGACACAAGUUUCUACAAACACGGAGAGGAGGAGUUCAGACGAUGGGGUGAAGGAGAACCAAACAAUUACGGAGGUGAUGAACACUGCACAUCAAUGUAUUUUGAUGGACGAUGGCACGAUAGCAGCUGCACAUCCACCUUACAGGCGGUCUGCUGUGAUGUGAGAGGGCUGGAUGUGACUUUUGUCCUCAUUGACCACUUCAUGACCUGGACUGAGGCCCAGAGCUACUGCAGAGAACACCACACAGACCUGGCCAGUGUGAGAGACCUGACAAAGAACCAGAAGGUCCAGGAGCUGAUUCCAGCAUGGAAAGCAGUCUGGAUCGGCCUUUUCAGAGACUCCUGGAAGUGGUCCGAUGGAAGUAACUCCUCGUUCAGCCACUGGCAGCCAGGGGAACCUAAUAACAACGGGGGGACGGAGGCUUGUGCAGCAGUUGUUUUCGGGUCCUCUGGAAGAUGGGUGGAUGUGCCCUGUGGCCGGAUGUAUCCAUUCAUCUGCUCCAGUCCAGUCCCUUCAAAGCAAGUGUUCAGACUGAGGCUGAGGAGCUCUGUGGACCCCAACGACCCUGCUGUGAUGGAGGCAAUGCUGAAGCAGUUCAAACAGAAGCUGAAGGACCAGGGGGUGAAUGACGACGUCACACUGAGCUUUAGGAAGCAGGCAGAUGGAAAAGCCUUCCACAAGGAGAAGAAGAAGACCAGAAAGAGAAAGCAGCGACACCGGAGCAGAGAAACACCUCCGGACAGCACGGCACCGUUUAUCUGACUCAUUAUUACUCAUUAAAUCCACUGUUUUUGGAUCAAAGUGCUUUUAAAGACAGAUACUCGGCGAGAUCAACUUUAAAACGAGCGAGCUGAGCAGAAUGAUAAAUGACAGAAGCUCCCAGUGAGCUGCUGUAGCGUGAACUGGCCGCUGGGUGGCAGCACUGACCAGCAGCGUCACUGGGCUCCUUGCAAUGCCUCCUGGGAGCUGGGCUCAUCAUCCAGAUGAGAGGAGGAGCAGCAACAGUUGUCCUGCUUCACUGGUUUCUGUUCUAUUUACAGGUGAGUUCCUCACUUUUUACCUGACUACAGAUGUCUGUAAACUAAUAUGAAUCCCCUGUGAUAUGUGGUUCAGAAGCUAAAAGUAUGUAAAGUAAAGUAGUAAAGUAAUGUCAAGUGUGUAAAUAUUUAAGAGUCAUGGUACGUGACGGUUGUAGAAAACAGGAAAAUGUUUAUUUUUGGUCUGAUACGAAUUUUGACAUGUUUAUUUUCUUAAAAAAUGUGUAAAAAAUAUACAUUAAUGUGAAAGUUAUCCAAAUGUGGUUUCACCAGUGCUUCAAUGUUGACAAAAUAACAGAAAUAAUUCAUGAUUGCAGUGAAGAAGUUGAGAUGAAUAUGAAAAAAUUAAAUAAUCCAGAUGAGAGGAGAAUGAGCAACUGUUGUUCUGCUUUGCUUAUUUCUGUUACAUUUCCAGGUGAAUUAAUAACUUUUUUAUGUGACUACAUGUUUGUUAACUAGCGUAGCUAGUAUAUAAUAUGUAUAUAAUAAUAAUAAUAUAUAAUAUGAAUCCCCUGUGAUAUGUGGCCCGUAAGAUAAAAGUGCGUCAAGUGUGUAAAUAUUUAAGAGUCAUGGUACAUGACUUGUAGAAAACAGGGAAAUGUUUAUUUUUGGUCUGAAACGAAUUUGAGCAACAAUUGUCCUGCUUCGCUGAUUUCUGUUAUAUUUACAGGUGAGUUACAAAUUUUUUUAUGUGACUACAGAUGUUUGUAAUAUGACUGAACUUUCUUGGUACAUAAUUUGGUUUCUAAAUACUAACUGCCAACAAUUCAAUGUCUGGACAGCACACCUUCUCCUUGACAGUAACAUGUUUAGGACUGCACCAUCUCUGGUUCACAAAUAAAGCCAAGCCCCCAUCUUUUUUCUUUCCAGUAGAUUUAGUAUCUUUGUCUGAUCUUAUGAGAGUGAAGCCACGUUGGAGUCUUCACCAGUAUCUCCAGUUCAUCAAUCUUGUUGGGCAGAGAGUUGACGUUUCCCAUGAUGACUGACGGCAGAAAGGGCUUAUCUGGAUAUCUCCAUUUCUGAACCUUCACUUUUGCACCAGCACGACAACCACGAAAACACCUUCAAAUCAACUGGAAACGUGAUGGUGUCCUCCAGACUUGCUCCGUUUCAUUGAAAAAAGCUCUUCUCUUGAAUAAACUCUUCUCUCCACAAAAGUGUCCAUCGAAAAUACGACAAAACACAAUAAAAAUACAUAAAAAUUCUGCAAAAUUGAGCAAGAUUACAGAGCUACCGGACUAUGCUGCUACUGUUAAACAGGCACCAUGUUCUACUGUUGGCCGCUGAAGACCCCCAGUUCUCUAUCCAUGAGAUAACUGUUGCCGUGGUUAUCUGAGCUGGAUUCACGGAUCAAUAAGAGGAAAGGGAACGACCUGUUACAAAAUGUUUGAGCUCUGAUUCACUAAUCCAACCAAAUGUUGCUUGUACAGUUCAUACUUCUUCAUGGGUUCACUGGGUUAUUUCAGUUCGAAAAAUAUUAGUAAAACUUAACUUUAUUUGAUCAGUUUUAUCUUGUUUUUUAUUCAAUUUCAUUUUUGUUUAAUCUUUUUGAUCAAUUUAAUCUAUUUUUUUUUUACAGCUCUUAAAUGUUUUUAUCAUUUUUAUUUGUUGUUUUCUCCCUCUUUUUUAUUGCACUUGUCUUUUCAUCAGAUUUUAAUUAUUCUUUUAGUAUUUUACUUUUAACAUUAUAUACUCUGUUUAUUCUUUUAUAUAAUUUUGUAAUCUAGCUUUCAUAUCCCUUAGUUUUACUAUAUCUACUCUCCUAAUAGCUUCAAAAUGCUUUCAUUAUAUUACUAUUAUUAUUACAUUUUUUAAUUAAUAUUGCAAUGGUCUUUAGUUGUCUGGUCUUUCACUUGUUUUUUCUAGUAAUUGCUUAUAAAAUUGCUCUACAAAUAUAGUUUGAUUUAUCAGACAAUAGCACACUUUUGUAGCUUCUAGUCUGGUUUGUAAUUUUGCAUUUAAUUAAAAGCCAUCCAAGCUAAACAGACAAGCAUUAAUGCCAGGUUUAUUCUUGAACCUCACAAAAAACCUCACAAAUUUGCAAGAAAAAACUCACAAAUGUAUGAGAAAACAUUCACAAAUUUACAAGAAAAACUCACUAAUGUACAGGAAAAUACUUGCAAAUCUACAAGCAAAUACUCACAAAUGUACGAGAAAAAAACUCACAAAUUUACAAGAAAAAACUCAUAAAUGUACAAGAAAAAAUUCACGAAUGUACAAAAAAACCCUCACAAAUUUGCUAGAAAAAAACUCACAAAUGUAUGAUUAAAAAAAUUGAAUAUUCUCUAAGAUUUAAGUCGUAAAGUUCAGAGGAAAAUCAGCACAAAUUUGCGAGAAAAAAAUCACUAAUUUACAAGAAAAAAAAUCACAAAUUUACUAGAAAAACCCCCACAAAUUUACAAGAAAAAACUUGAAUAUUCUCAAAGAUUUAGGGUUUAACUUGUAAACUUCAGAGAAAAUCCCCACAGAUUUACGAGUUUUUUUCUUGUAAAUGUGUGUGUUUUUUCAACAAAAAUCACAAAUUUACGAUAAAAAAGCUCUCAAAUUUACGGAAAAAACCCCUCACAAAUUGACAAGAAAAAACUAACCAAUUAAUGAGAAAAAAAUUGUAUAUUCUCUGAGAUUUAAGUUGUAAACUUCAGAGAAAAUCCCCACAAAUGUACAAGAAAAAACUCACAAAUGUACGAGAAAAAACUCACAAAUUAUGAGAAAACACUCACAAAUUUAUAAGAAGAAACUCACAAAUUUAUGAGAAAAAACUUGAAUAUUCUCUCAGAUUUAAGUGGUAAACUUAGUGUUCGGGGCUCACUUUAACUGAAUUCCUGGGAGAAUCAUGUUAUUCUGAGACCAGAUCUGCAUCAUUUUACCUGUGACCAAAAUGAAGGCCAAUAUUGAGACCUUACUUUAUUUCCAAUCUACGAACGAGAGAGACUUUUACAUUCUUAUUAUUCUUUCAUAGUAAGCCAGUGUGUUGAAAUAAACCAGUGUAAA